GUGGCGGCGGCGGCGGCGGCGGGCGGCAGUCGCGCGGUGCAGCAUGGAGCAGCAGGGCGCAGCGCCUGUGGGCCCCGGGGCCGCGCGCCCCAUCGUCAACCCCGAGGAGUUCGGUGAAGUGGACACCUCCAGGUACCCCGCCCCCAAGGAUGCCACGCACAAGGUACGCGGCCGCAGCGACCUGCUGGAGAUGAUGUGCGGCGCCGGCACGGUCGACCCCGAGCUGCUCACCGUCAAGACCUUCUACUUUUUCUUUUACUCCGCCUUUGGAUCCUUGUUUCCCUUGAUGGGCGUGUACUUCAAGCAGAUGGGCAUGAACGCAGGCCAGUGCGGGCUCCUCAUAGGGACGAGGCCAUUCGUGGAGUUCCUUUCGGCGCCCUUCUGGGGAGGGCUCGCCGACCGCUGGCAGAAAGGCAGAACUCUAUUGCUGGCUUCGCUGGGAGCUUGGAUCAUAUUCACGCUGCCGCUGAGCUGGGUGCAGCCGAGCGCGGUGGCGUGCGUGCAGCCCGUUAACAGCACUGCGUACGUUUUGGUGGCGCCGAGCUACGACGAGGACGAGAUGACCUACUCGCGCUCCUUCCACGGCCCCGCGGCGGGACGGGAAGGCUCGCCCCUACCCGUGUCUGACGCCGAAAACUACAACCCUGAAACUAAUUCGAAAUGGGUCACUCCGCUGCAUUCUUUCAUUGUCUACAGCACUCCGAACAUACAAAAGACAUUUUUCUUGCUGCUGCUGCUCGUCGUAAUCGGCGAGUUUUUCAGCGCUCCUGCGAUCACUUUAGCCGACUCUGCCGUCAUCACAUUACUCGGCGAGGAUGCUGAUAGGUACGGACACCAGCGCAUGUUCGGCUCGCUGGGCUGGGGGCUGGCUAUGUUCUUCGUUGGCAUCGCGCUGGACCACAGUACGGCGUUCAGCUCGCAUCCGUGCGGAGGCCCGCAGCGCUACGAAAAGAACUACACCAUCUGCUUCGCGACGUUCUCUGUGCUUAUGGGCGCCGCUCUAAUCACUGCCACGCAGAUAAAGUUUAAGUACGAGGCAAUGAGUAUUGAGACUCCGGCCGAGCCCGCGACGGUGGAGCCCACGCAGGAGGAGCGACUGCAGGAGCAGCUGGCAGCUCAGCUGCAGCUGCCCGGCCUCGACACCAGCGCGCCGCCGCCCCAGCAACCGCCGCUGCAGCACGCCAAGGUGUUCGCCCAGACCACACGCGAGAUGCCGGAGUGGGUGACAGUGCUGCGGCAGUUUCAGAACGUGAAGGCGGCUUCUUUCCUGCUCGUCGCCUGGUUCAUGGGCUUCGGCAUCGGCCUCAUCUUUACGUUCCUAUUUUGGCAUCUCCAGGACAUCGGCGGAUCUCCAACGUUGUUUGGAGUGGCUUCUGUGAUCAACCAUAUCUCCGAGAUAUUCGCCUACUUUUUCAGCUUCAAACUGAUCACUCAGAUGGGGCAUGUGAAGGUGCUGUGUCUGGGGCUGGCGGGUAACGUGGUGCGCUUCCUGUACAUCUCGUGGCUCACGGACCCGUGGUGGGUGCUGCCGUUCGAGUUCGUGCAGGGCGUGACGCACGCGGCCGUGUGGGCGGCGUGCUGCUCGUACAUCGCGCACGGCUCGCCCGCGCGCCUGCGCUCCUCGGCGCAGGGCGUACUGCAGGGGCUGCACCACGGGCUCGGGCGCGGUUGCGGCGCCGUGCUGGGAGGCAUCGCCGUCGCUAAGUGGGGCACCACACGCACCUUCGCCGGCUACGGGCUGCUGUGCGCCGUAGCGCUGGCCGCCUUCGCCUUUGUCAACUUCCGCGGCGACGACGGCGGGCCGCCCGUGGCGCCCGACGAGGACGCGCGCGCAGUGGCCGAGGCGGGCGUGCUGGCGCCGCACGGCGUGCCCUCCAACCCGCUACCCCGCGCGCUCUCCUCCACUCGCCUCGCCGACCUCGCCAGCCACGACAACUACGGCGCCACUCAGAGCUACAGCGGCGCGGAGAGCCUGAGCGUGCCGGGCGCGCGCGCCGCCAACCCGUUCGUGAGCGAGGCGCCGCCCAACGCGCCUGCGCACUCCUACCGAUAAACGGCUUACUCUCACGUAUUUAUGAACUCAUUUAUUAUAAUUUCUUGUUCCGGAAAGAGUAAUAUUCCUAUGCGACAGGAUAUUAAUGAAAUCAUCAUGUACGGGUCAAUUCAAAAAUUUUGUUACACAUUAUGUAUUUAUUCAUUGACAGCUGAACAAAAAAUGAAAAUAAUCCUAAGAAAAAAUUAACUCGAAUAUUGUCCAUCAUUCUUUACGUUAUUAAAUUAUAAUUAAUUGAUGAUCUAGCAGGUUGACGCAAUCCCUGUUGUUACUUAUUCUAGUAUAAUUGGAGAAUUUAUAAUAUAAAGAUGUCCUGUGUAUAAUCGAGAAACUGCCUAAAGCUCUGUGAACCCCAUAAAAUCACUAAUUCUAAAAAAAAUGUAACUCUAAAAUAUAAUCGUAUAAAUUACUAUUAUUACCCACAUAAAGUAAAUGUUUGACUGGGCCGGUGUAGUCGAUUUGUGUUUCAACUAAGUAACUUGAGAUAGAUCUGAGCUAAUUGUGAAUUUUAUAAUAAUAUGUUAUUUUGUUAUAAUAUUUCAUUCUUAAGGAUAACCUUUUAGGUAUUAUAAUAAUCGAUGUCCCUCAGUAUAUAUGCGGGAUCGCAUAAUGAGUAGUAUUAUUCUUGUGAAAUUUAAUAGGUAAAUCUAUUCCUAUUCUUACUAAAUCGUGGAGCUUUUAAUUGAAAAAAAAAAUUAAUGGAAUAUUAGUUAGAAUUAUUAUAUUUACUCCAAAGUAUUAACACAUACCUUUUUACCAUUUACAUGUCUAAAGUGUAACAAAAAUAUAUUUAAAAAUGACUGUUGCUUUAUGUAUAGUGUUAAAUAUAAAGUGUUUUCAAACAAUGAAUGUGAAUUGCAGCGGCCGCAGCGGCCCGCGCGGUGGCGCGCGACCCGCUGCGUCGCUCGCGUUAGUAUACAAUGUAGGCUACUGAUUGUUGUACAAGAAUUACAAAUGCUGUUACUCGACCGCUAGACGUUUUAUUUAGUUACUGCGACAAGUCCACAGUGGCGGCUUGGCGAUCUCCGGCCGGCGCUAACUCGCAGCGCACACACAAACGAAUAUUUGUUAUUGUAAACUUUAUCGUUAACUAGAAUUAUGGAUGUUUCAUAGACUAUAUAUACCUUGUAGAUAUAAAUGAGCCAUCAUUUCCGUACUGUCGCCGUUUUGUGUUUACUUCAAUACAUAUACAGACAGAGUGAGAGUACUUCAUAUACAAAUAAUUGUAUGUUCUAUGUACAAGUAUAAUAUACGAUGUCAUAUCAUGGUGUGAUGAGUAGAUGUACGCAGUAGGUCGAGGUCGCUGUCGCCCGCACCGAGUCGCACCGACUCGCACCGAGCCACGGUGAGCCGCGCGGACACGCAGCAGGCCGCGCGGAGCGGGCGACGCGACUUCCUCACGAUAUUUAUUAUUUUUGUUGACUAUGAAGUAGAUAUUUAUCGAUAGCUAUAUGGUGUAUGAUAUACAUUUGUUGUAAAGUACUCCUUGCGCAUUGUAAGCGGCACAGUUAUAUAUUUUUGCACUGGGCCACAGCGGCGCGGCUCGCGCCCGCGCGCUGCGUCGCUCGCGGACAUUUGACAUUCUCAAUUUCGAAUAAUAAAUGUUGAAGUAUUC